GAUAAAAGACCCUGAAAAAUGAUGCCAAAAUAACCAAGAAUGGAAAAUUCCAGACAUGGAAAAAAACGUAUAUUCCCUAUUAAUUCUCCUGGAGAUUGUUCUACUCAUUGGCCGUGGACAUUUAACAGGUUUUAACGAGGGUAAAGCGACGUUUUGUAAAUGUGAAGAUUUUCCCAUCGAUGGCAAACCGUUCAUGGCACUAUGGAAUGCCCCGACAGGUGGCUGUUCGAAAAAUUUCAGUAUUCCUAUAGAACUUGGUGACUUUAAAAUAUUAUCCAACCCACAGCAAACUUGGAAUGGGAAAUAUGUGGUUGUAUUCUACAAUGCUCAAUUGGGCUACUAUCCAUAUUUUACUAACGCUGAAGGAACGAACAACCACAAUGGCGGGAUGCCCCAGUUAGUAGACUUGAAUAUCCAUAUCAGGAAAUCCACGAAAGACAUUAUCAAACGAAUACCAGACCCCCACUUCAAUGGACUGGCCGUUAUUGAUUGGGAGGGCUGGAGACCAAUAUGGAGUCGUAACUGGGGAUCCAAGAAAAUCUACCAGACCCGGUCGAUCGAGAUUUUGAGAUCCCAGCAUCCUGAUUGGUCAAUGGAGCAACUGGUUGAGCAGGCUCAAUACCAGUUUGAAAACCAUGCACAAAGGAUGAUGCACGAGACGCUGAAGCUUGGGAAGUUCCUGCGACCGAAGGCGAAGUGGGGUUUUUAUGGAUUUCCAGAUUGUUAUGGGCACGAAAAUACAAAUUACAUGUGCUCUGACGAGCACAAAGACUUCAACGAUAGACUUCAGUGGAUGUUUUCUGACAGCACGGCUCUAUUUCCUUCCAUCUACCUUCCAGAAAACUCACCAACAAAUGGCGCAUUUGUCAGAGGACGUCUUUUGGAGACACUGAGGUUGAGAGAGAAGUACUCAAAGAAAGGAUCGUCCUUACCAAUUUUUCCGUACUUCAGACUCAUCUACGAAAAAAAUCCACUGAAUUACGACUUUCUUACUAACGUGGACCUAUACAAUACCAUUGGGCAAGCAGCAGAUUUCGGCGCAGCUGGUAUCGUUAUGUGGGGAAAUAGACGCGACGAAAACACUUCCCCUGAAAUCUGCCGUAAGUUAAACGACUACAUCCAAACUCACCUUGGACCCUAUUUUAAAAACACUGAACAAGAAAGUGAGAAAUGCAGUGAGGAAAGAUGUAAUGGAAAUGGUAGAUGUAUAAAAGAAAAUAUGGCGAUUGAAUUUAAUAUUUACCAAGACGACAUUCAAAGGAAAACCUGUCCAGGAAUACCCAAGAGAUUUUCUUUUCAAAACCGAAAAAAUAACUCUAAACUUAGCAAAAAUAUGAAAACUGCCAGUAAUCUUGUUGAUAAAUUAAAAGAAACGGCUGGGAAAGAAAUGUCAAACACUGUUGUUCAAAAAGAAGAAGAAAACACGAACAACUCAAAGCUGAAAAGCAAUGAUAAAACUGCUUUAAAAGAAGCAGCAAAGCCAAGAAAGAAAAGCUUUAGCAAAGAAGGAACAGAAAGCAGAAAUGAUAACACGAACCAUAAAAAAUACGAGUCGAAAGAAUCGAUAAAAGAUUUCGUCACAGCAAAAAGCGCAAAGAUCGACAGAGUACCAUUUUUGGACGUGCAUGAGGAAGCUCUCAGCGAUAAAAAUCGUACGUCUUCUACGAGGUCAGAAACUCCAAACCAACCAGCAGACCUUCCUUCAGAAACAAUUUAUUGCAACAAAACUGAGUCAGGAACUACGAAAUGCAUGGUGGUCAGGAGACAUAACUCCAUGAAACUCUCCAAACAUAAUAAUUUUGAAAUUCCUAAGAUUUACGCUGUAUUGAUAUCUAUAUCUCUGGGUGGUGCUUUUGUGCUAUCUACAGUUUAUUUGGCUAGUUAUUAUUACUUUAAUAUAUUUAAAAAGAGGCAAGCGUAGAAAUAGCUUCAAAAUAUUUAAUGUCUUUGUUACUUCCUUCAAAAAAGAGCUUGAAAUUAAUUUUGAGCUGGAGUUUUUCAAAGGAAACAAGGAAGUUUUUUUGUAUUAUCAUUUCAGUAUUUUCUACAGUUCUUUACCGCCGAGGCCAGACAGGUUUUUUUCCUGCUAUUAAAUUCAAUUUUAAAAAAAUAAUUACUAUAAUGCUUUCUAAACUUUGGAAUUAAAAUCUGUUUGGAAAUCAGA